GCGCGGGUGCAGCAGGCAGUGAGAGCAGCUGCCUCUUCAGCCUGGAGGGCUCCUCCCGCCGCCGCUGCUCGGCCAGGAGACAGGCUCCCAUGGAGGAAUGAAAGGCGUGGAGGAGAAGAGGGGCGCCAGCUCCCCGGGGUCCCCAGUCUGCCAGCUGCUGCUAAAGACCGCCGAGAAACUCUGCUUCUAGCUACGGGGACCACCUGUCCUUGGAACCUCAGUACCUGGAACAGGAAACCCUGGAUGGAUCUGGAUGGACCCCUUGGCAAAAUGAAUGGGACCGACUGUAGGUUCCAGGACUUGGAAGCCAGCAACGCCUCCCUGGACAAUCCUACUCCAUUGCUCUGCUCAGAGAACAGCACCGCCGUCCAGCCAGAGGCUGAAACAGCAGGGCUCAGCAGCCUGAGCACAGCAGCCACGGUCCUCUCUGGCUCCAUUGGUGUCGUGGCCCUCAUCCUGCUCCUGCUGUGUCUUUUGUACAUGACCCUGAAGAAAUGGAGGCACGAGAGACUAUUCAAGAGACAGCUGAGGCAUCAGAGCAACUUUCUCCACAGAUCUUCGGACCUGUCCUGCCACACCGAUGCCAUCUACGCCAACGUGAUCCGCCUGCCCCCCCGGGAGGGGGACGGAUUCGCCGUUUAUGCCAACGUGCCCCCUUUCCACCGCCCCAGGAGGACUUCCCCGGACCAGGUGGAGUACGCCUCCAUCGUGUUCCAAUGACGGGACCAGCCAGACGCUCGGAGCGGAGAGUCAGACCUGGGCCCUGGCUGGACCUUGCACAGCGCUCGCUUUAGACUUGUGUAUACGUGUGUGUGUGUGUUUAAAAAAUGCAUAAAACCUGUCCUGAUGGAGGUAAAUGGCUGAAUGUUCCUUCUCGUUACUGGAAUGUGCGUGCAGUUCUAAUUGACAGGAGUGACAUACGGGAGACAAGGGGCAUGCUCACCCAGACCACCCCCAGCCCCAGAGUCAGGUUCCUGAGACAGACUGGCCAAGAAAGGAGCUCUUUCUACCGUGUUUCCCCAAAAA